AUGGUUGUAACAAAAUGCAUUGGAGAAUUCAGUGAAAUUGAGAAGCAUGAAAUGGUUGCUAAUGAUUUAAGUGAGAUUCGUCUAAGGGUGUUUGGUGAGUUCAUUUGGAUUGAUCUCGUUGAUGAGGAUGUUCUGGUUGGUUACCAGGAAAAUAGCAUUUUUAUAGGUCUCAUUGAUGAUAGUGUUGAGAAUAUUGAUCAGAUAUUCACACUUGUGAUUGAUCAAUAUUUGGCUAGGAUCAGUAAGGUGUGGGAGGGUAUCAGAAUCAUCAAACAAGACCAUAUUGAAUCCAUGAGGAGUCACAGAACCAAUAGAAUUGAUCAAUACGUCAGGUAUGCCUCAGAAUCAAGCAGAAUACUGCAGGAUGUCUACGAUAUUGAGAAUGAAGUGAUUGCUAAGAAUGAGAUAUUCAAUAAAAUGGCCACUAAACUCUCUAACAGCAGUAGAAUUGGAAUCAAAUUGGCUCAAAUCAGAAAACAUAUCAAAAACAUUAAAAGGAGCAUCGACACCUUCAGACAGACAUUCAUAGGCUACUUGGACGUGAAAUACACCCUGAAAACAGACAAACUCAACGAUAGCAUCGGAUACAUCACAUUCAUCACAUUUCUGUUUCUACCAAUUCAGGCGAUCAGUGGAUUAUUUGGGAUGAAUGUGAGAGUGCCAUUUGAGGGAGAAGACAGUCUGAAAUAUUUCAUACUACUAACACUGAUCACACCUUUAUUCUAUUUGGUGCUAUAUUUGUAUAAAAGGAAUAUCAAAGCCAGAUAUCAGUAA